AUGCCCAUCGAGAGCUAUCUGGUCUCGGUGCCGACGUCACCUGCGUCCUCUCCCACCGUCUCCACGCCUGCGUCAUCAUAUUCUGCGUCCGUAGACGACUAUGAGGUGGAGAAUACGAUCUCCCUUCAAUCGGGCAAGGCUUCCGCUGUUGGACCGGCGGAGCGCAGCACGGGCUCGGAGGCAGAGUCUUCUGCUGCUACUCUAACUACUGAGAAUGUGUCGGUUGUCAACACCCCCCAAAGAGAUGACGAACAGCACGCGGAGGAGCUGAUCACUCUUAACGGGCAGCAACACCAGCUUACUUCUAUUGCUCGCGAGGAGAGCCAGGCCCGUUUCAUGGUGGACGAAAGCUCCCCGUAUGUUGGUCCGGGCCCCGCCGUGGAGUUCCCCAUCAAUCACGUCUACCGCUGCUUUGAUGUGGAGAACGGCCUCCUGUUCCGCUUGGUGAACAACAAGCGCCACAUAUGGGCCUUCUACAACGACACAUCCGAGUACAUGAUGCGGAUCUCCGUCACUUUCGGGCCCGAGAGCUCUAUCAAGGCCCUCGGCAGCGCGCGCCAGGUUUCCUUCGAUAAGGAGACAGGUCAGUGCCAGCUGAUGCUGGAUGUGGCGCCAGGGGAGACCCAGAACUUCAUGCGCGGCGAAUACAACGGCUUUUACACGUGCUACGACGCAAGUCCGAUUAACGUCGCCACCGACGUUGACGCAUAG